GAAGGUUAGCAACAGCGGUAGCAGCCGUCGAAGAAGAUGCUGUUUUGGCACACGCAGCCGGAGCAUUACAACCAGCACUCGACAGGCAGCUACCUGCGUGAUGUCCUCGCGCUCCCAAUCUUUAAACAGGAAGAGCCUCAACUCUCCCCUGAGAAUGACACAAAACUCCCUCCAUUUCAGUAUGUGCUCUGUGCGGCCACAUCCCCUGCUGUGAAGCUUCAUGAGGAGACACUGACUUAUCUAAACCAAGGUCAGUCUUAUGAAAUCCGUCUACUUGAGAAUAGGAAAUUGGGAGAGUUUCAAGAUUUAAACACAAAAUAUGUAAAGAGCAUAAUUCGUGUGGUUUUCCAUGAUCGCCGUCUGCAGUACACUGAGCACCAACAGCUCGAAGGCUGGAGGUGGAGUCGGCCAGGAGAUCGCAUCCUUGACAUAGAUAUCCCACUGUCAGUCGGCAUCCUAGAUCCCAGAGCCAGCCCCACACAGCUGAAUACAGUAGAAUUUUUGUGGGAUCCCUCUAAGAGAGCAUCAGCAUUCAUUCAGGUGCAUUGUAUAAGUACAGAAUUUACUCCGAGGAAACAUGGGGGAGAGAAAGGCGUACCCUUCCGGAUACAAAUGGACACAUUCAAACAGAAUGAGAAUGGCGAAUACACAGAACAUUUGCAUUCUGCAAGCUGCCAGAUCAAAGUUUUUAAGCCUAAAGGAGCAGAUAGGAAACAGAAAACAGACAGAGAAAAAAUGGAGAAGAAAACUACUCAAGAAAGGGAGAAAUAUCAGCCAUCCUAUGAUACAACCAUUCUGACAGAGUGUUCCCCAUGGCCAGAUGUGCCUUAUCAAGUGAACAACGCUCCGUCUCCAAGUUACAACAGCUCUCCAAACAGUUUCAGUCUUGGAGAUGGCAACAGUUCUCCAACUCACCAGGCGGAGCUCCUGCCUCCCAGCAAUGACCAUCUCCUUCCCUCUGCUUCUAUUCAAGAUGCUCAGCAGUGGCUUCAGCGAAAUAGGUUUAGUCCAUUCUGUAGACUCUUUUCAAGUUUCUCAGGUGCCGACUUACUGAAGAUGUCCAAAGAUGACCUUGUUCAGAUUUGUGGCCCAGCUGAUGGCAUUCGACUUUAUAACGCCAUUAAAGGAAGGAACGUAAGGCCCAAGAUGACCAUUUAUGUAUGUCAGGAACCUGAGCAAAAUCGGUCUCACCUUCAUCAAAAACGAGAGAAUGGAGAUGCUAAUCUGUGUAUAUACCAUGCUAUCUUCUUAGAAGAGCUGACAACAGUGGAAUUGAUGGAGAAGAUUGCAAACUUGUACAGUAUUUCCCCACAGCAGAUAAACCGAAUCUAUCGGCAAGGACCUACAGGGAUCCAUGUAUUAGUGAGCAAUGAGAUGGUACAAAACUUUCAAGAUGAAUCUUGUUUUGUCAUCACAACGUUAAAAGCUGAAAGUAAUGAUGGCUACCAUAUCAUUCUGAAAUAACCCUCUUCUAUGUAUGUUGGGACUUACAACAUUAUGAUGCCUCACUGCAACCCAGACUGAAAAGAUGGAAAACUCAUUUGUAUAAAAGUGUUCUUAUUAACUGAAUGCCCUAACAGAAAAAUCAAAGUGUGUAAAUUUCAGAGUGUUGGGGACUAGACGUGGUCUUCGGAGUUCAUCCGAUUAUUGUUUUGAAUUGCCUUUCCUUUUUAGAACUACCUGUAUGCAUUUUUGUUCAUUGUUCAAAACCAUGUGCCUUAUUAAAACAAAAAUGACUUAAUAUGAAAA